AAAGACGAGAGAUGACGCCAGAGAGCUUGAUAGCGUCGGCGUCGAUCAACAUAGGACUCGCCAUCCUCGCACUCUGGCUCUUCUCCGUGCUGAAGAAGCAGCCACGCAACGCCGUCAUCUACUACGCUCGCCUCCUCUCCGAUCGCCACCGCGCUGAUCUUCCUAUCCACUCCUCCUUCUCCCUCCCUCGCUUCGUUCCUUCCGUAGCCUGGAUCCCACGAGCCUUUCGUGUCCCCGAGGAAGACAUCCUCCGCCGCCAUGGCCUCGACGCUCUCGUCCUCAUGAGGCUCUUCAAAUUCGGAACCAGAUUCUUCAUGUUGUGUUCGUUACUUGGAGUAGCACUGCUUCUUCCUGUUGAUUAUUACAGUGAGUCAGAUUUGCCUACGAGAAAGGAGUACUCGAUGGAUGCUUUCACUAUAUCAAAUAUCACUAGAGGUUCUAACAAGUUGUGGGUGCAUUUCUCAUGCUUGUGGUUCAUAUCAUUGUAUGCGUUGUUUUUGUUGCAUAAGGAAUACAAAGAGAUUCUUGUGAAAAGGCUUCAGCAAAUGAAAGAACUAAGCCAUCAUGCUGACCAGUUCACUGUUCUUGUCCGGCAAGUUCCAGUCUGCCCUGAGCAUAACACUCUUAGCUGCGGUGUUGACCACUUUUUCUCUAAACAUCAUCCUUUCAGUUAUCAUUCGCAUCAGAUGUUGUACGAUGGGAGAGAUAUUGAAUACCUUUUGGGGAAGCAGAAGAAGCUUAAGAAAGAGCUAGAAGAAAAUAGAGACACAGAAGAACAUAAACAUAUAUCAAUUUCCGAAGAAAAGUUUCGAGAAUUUGCUCAUAAGGUUUCCCACCUUCAAAGUGAAACUAUGCUCAGAGAGAAGGAGUUACCUGUUGCGUUUGUCACCUUCAAAUCACGAAGAAGUGCUGCACUGGUAGCUCAAACACAGCAGCACUCAAACCCUCUAGAACUGAUCACUGAAAUGGCUCCUGAACCAAGAGAUGUGUCAUGGAGAAAUCUUGCUAUCCCUCAACAGAUAUUACCUCUCAACAAAAUCGGAGUCAUCCUUGCAGCAGCAGCACUUACAAUUUUCUUUGCUAUUCCAGUCACAGCUGUCCAGGGGAUAGCAAAGUAUGAGAAGCUUAAGAAAUGGUUUCCUCCAGCCAUGGCCGUUGAAUUCAUACCAGGGCUCAGCUCGGUUGUGACAGGGUACCUCCCAAGCGCAAUACUCAAAGGUUUCAUGUACAUUGUCCCCUAUGCUAUGCUUGGAAUGGCUUAUCUCGGCGGUUCUAUCUCCAAGAGCAAAGAGGAGAUAAAAGCUUGCAAUAUGGUCUUUUAUUUUCUAAUGGGGAAUGUUUUCUUCUUGAGUGUCAUAUCUGGUUCAUUACUAGAUGAAAUUGGUGAAUACUUCACUCAUCCUAGAGACAUUCCUAGUCACCUUGCUGCUGCUGUUUCAGCCCAGGGAGAGUUUUUUAUGACAUACAUCUUGACAGAUGGGCUGUCUGGAUUCUCUUUGGAGAUUCUUCAACUGGGGCUGAUAACAUUUGAUAUCAUAAGAUCAUGCACUUACGGAAGAGCAAAAGAGAACAACACUUAUCUCUUUUCGUUUCCAUAUUUUAGGGUUAUCCCCACAGUGUCCUUAUCGAUAUUGAUUGGUAUGAUAUAUGCUGUGGUAGCACCAUUGAUGCUACCUUUCCUGGUUGGCUAUUUUUGCCUUGGAUAUAUUGUCUACUUCAACCAGAUGGAAGAUGUGUACGAGAUGACAUAUGAUACUUGUGGUUGCUUCUGGCCAAUCAUUCAUCACUAUAUCUUUGUAUCAAUUAUACUUAUGCAAGUGACCAUGGUGGGUCUCUUUGGGCUAAAGUCAAAGCCAUCUGCAGCUAUAGCUACUGUACCUCUCAUAUUGAUCACUAUAGCUUACAACGAGUACUGCAAGAUCCGCUUCCUCCCAUCAUUCAAACAUUUCCCAAUACAGACGGCAGUUGAAAUAGAUGAAGUAGAUGAAAAGAACGGGGAGACUGAAGCACAUUAUGUUGAUGCUGCAACAGCGUAUAACCGGCAUCAACCUUGCUUAGAGCGUGUAACUUUAUCAGCGGAACCAGCAACGAACUUGAACCAACCGUUGCUUGGGACCGGCUCAAUUUGAGGCAAACAAAUGUGAUGAGCUGGUUUGAAACUUUUGUCAUCUUAAUUAGUAUUAUAAAUAUAGAUCAUGGAUGUGAUGUGGGAUUUUUAAGCUUCUCCACGUACGUCCUCAUAUAUAUGUGUUACCACUUUGGAUA